CUAGUCAACUUACAAAGACCCCUUCCUCUACAAAAAGUGAAAGUUACAUUGAUCAAAUGAUGGCAAAUCACGCCAAUAAUAAAGAAAAAAGAAGAUCAAGUAGUGUUUCAUUUAGUGAAAUUCAAACCCUUGAAGUUCCACAAUGGCAAGAAUCUAAUCCUCCACCACAACCUUCAACUCGUCGUACUUCAAAUUCUAGUCGUUCUGUUAGUUUUUCUGAUCAACCAAUUUCACCUGGAUCCACAAAAUCUUCUCAAAAUAGUUUAGGGUUGAAUACACAACAAAAUGCUCUUACCCUUACUCGUAUGUUGCAUCAAAUUCAAGCUGAUAUUGCUGUUAAAGAACAACUUGUAACUCAACUCGAACGUGCUGAACAAGAAUUCACUUACAUGAGAGCUGAAUAUGAACAAAGAUUGGCUCAUAUGCAAGAAACUUUGAUUACAUUACAACGUGAGCGUGAUGCUGCGCUUAAACGUGCUGCAAAUGCUGGUACUGGUGUUA